AUGGUCACUCCGAUGCUUAGUGCGGUUUACUGGAACGACAUCAAGCUCAAGUCUAACACUUUACACAAUUAUCAGGUUGCCCUCGGCAUUGCCACCUUGGGGGGUGCGCUGGUGGGCCAGAUCCUGUUUGGCAUCGCCGCUGAUAUCUGGGGUCGCCGUCAGAUGUAUGGAUGGGUACUCAUCAUCCUCAUCUUCAGCACUCUCGCCGUGAUCUGCUCAGAGCUUGCUCCGACACACAUAAGAGGUCGCAUGCUGGCAGUUGUGUUUCUUUGCCAGUCUCUUGGAGAGGCAGCAGCUGCCGUCGUGGCACUCAUUGCCGUAGCUGGCUUCCGAAACAGCCUCCCAGAUGAUGCCAACAGUCUGAAGUGUACGGGCUCCUGCGUCCACGACCUGGACAAGAUAUGGAGGUAUAUUGUCGGCUUGGGCGCAAUUCCGGCAUUUGUCGCGAUUUGA